UUUGUCGGUCACGCCGUUUAGACUUUUUUAGGGCAAGUCGUUUUGAAGUUAUUGGCGUUUAUCGCUGAAUGUGUCACGAAUAUCGAAAACAAAACCAACUUAACCCCGCUCUGGAAACUAGGCACCUUUUCAAAAAGGCCAGUUCUCUUACAAGAUGGAGCCCAAAAGUUUCUUCCCGAACUCUGAAGACUCCUUUAGUAAUCCAGUUUCAAAGGAAAAGCUUAAUAUAUCUAUAUUUCUGAAUUUGGUUGCACGAUAAAAUAUCUGAGGCACCUUUAAAGGGUGUGGCAUCCUCAAAUGGUGGCGCAAGUAUCUAUGCAUUUUUUUCACAAUGUUGACUUUGUCUAGUUUAUUUACACGAGCGUUAUCUUGUUGUUUUCUUGAACAACAACUUGUACACACACGUUUUAGCUGGUGGUAAUGGGCAGGUCGUAGUUUUUUCUAAUGACACAGCGUGAUGUAGACAAUGGGCGUGAAUCCUCUUACUUAAUCUCUCCAUCCUACUGUCUUCCUCGAGUAAUCACUGAGGGAGUUGCCUCAAUAACGGACAGACAGUUCCAGCAUCCGAAAGCAGAGAAGACAAGGUAUAAGCAAGAUACUGUGGUCAGGAUGAUGUACUAUACUGCCUUUGCUAUCUUUUUCCUGUUGGGUGUUGCUUCUGCCCAGACUUCCCUUAAGAUUUCAUCCUGUUUGACUAAGGACCAAAACUUGGACAUGUAUUGCAAGUUCACUCCAGCUUCAGACCCCAAGCUCCAGACAACUUGCUACUACAUGACGGAGAAUAAGCUGGUUAUCUCUACCAACACCAGCAGCAUCCCAGACAACACCUUCAAAAACCGUGCAACUGUCUCUUUAGUGGAAAAUGUGUGUAAGCUGAAUUUGAAAGGUUUCUCAGAUGACAAACCCAAAAACUACACCUGUUUCGUCAAACAAACUGCCACACCAGUGUCGAUGUCUGCAGUCGUGGAGAAGAGUAAGCUUCAGACUUGUUCUGCCUGGUGUGUCAUGCAACACAGUGGAGCAGUGCUCCUGCUAGCUUUCCUCACUUUCCCAUUGUUGUCAGAGCUUCUCUGAGUCUAGAAUGUAUCUCUUGGUACAACACCAAUCCCUAAAACCAAAAUUAUAAAUCCUCUAGCUUGUAGGCUACUACAUCAAAAUAUUAAAGUAAUCUGUGUGUUUCCUCCCUCAGAAAUUUUGAGAUGAUGCUGAUGUCAAAAACACUGUCAUGUGAUGCAUGUCCUUUUAAAUACCAUGAAAAAUGAUGUACCUUGGAUGUGGAAUUAUGUUUUAUAAAGUUUAAGUGAACCCACUGUUUGACAUUGUUUCAAGUAUGAAUUCUAAAGGAAAAUAAAGGUUGUAUUCGGAUGGGA